CUCUCUCUCUCUCUCUCUCUCUCUCUCAUAUCUCAUCACCCACCGCUUGCCUUCUUCAUCGUCUUCUUCUUCAUCUUCUUCAUCGACCAUAGAAUGAAACUCCUCGCAGGCUUCCUCCUCAUAUCCUCCUUCUCCCUCUGCUGCUUACUCCUGUCCAAGUUCCUCGAGCCCGAGUACUUCUACGGCGCCGACUUCGACGUCCGCGUCAUCAAUGGCUUCCGCACCAACUCCUCGCUCCCCCUCGUGAUCUGGUGCUCCUCCGACUACCACGGUGACAUCGGCGGGCGGGCACUCCAGGAGGGCGACGACUUCAGCUGGGUCGUCCGCGCCAACUUUUGGGGCGGGGCUGCGCGCUUCCUCUGCACCAUCAAGUGGGACGGCACAAGGAGGCGAUUCGACGCAUUCGAGGCCGAGCGAGACGGCCGCCGGUGCGGCCCUCUCAGGAAGUGCUCUUGGCUCGUGAGGGAAGACGGGUUUUACUUUAGCAGCGACGAGGUCAACUGGAAGAAGGACUUCUCAUGGUUUUAGGAGAACAAGAAACAGUUUUGGCGGGUUAUUUAGUGGUUCCUUCAUUUAAGAAUAACGCGUAAGUACGCGGACACUGGUACAUUAAAAUGAGUAUGCUAAAUGAUGCGAUAGAUCGUAAGCGAAUGUUUACAAAUCCGUCUGCAUUAUUACGUGUAUUUAUUUUAUGAGUCGGGUUCGAGUAUGCGUGGUAAUUUUCUCUUAUCCUAGAAAGGAUGUAUAUAUCGUUGCUUAUACCAUAUGAGCAUGGACGAUAUUAUUAGUGUUUUUUAAAGUGUUUAAUUAGGUUAAUGACUUUGGUUUA